AUGAGAGGCAAGGGCUGCAAGGAUGCGGGGGACAAGGAGCCAUCCGAGAGCGGUAGCGCGAGGACGGAGACGGGGAGAAAGAGGAGGAUGAACGUGGCGGGACUCGGGGCCAUCGCAGAGGUGUUACUCGUCGUCGUCGUCGUCGUCGUCGUCGUCGUCGUCACCGUUGCCGUCGUCGUCGUCGUCGUCGUCGUCGUCGAGGAACAAGGCGGGCGGAGGCUGAGCGCCAUCGGAACCCAACCAGCGCGGACCGGCGGCACGGAUCGUGCAGUCUGCAACAUCAACGAGUCCAUCGUUCUUGAAGCCGCAGAAUACCUUGACAACCUCGGUCUCAAGGAUGUCGGUUAUCGCCGUGUCAACCUUGACGACUGCUAUUCCGAGAAGAGCCGCAGUCCCGCCGGAGACAUCGUAGCCAGCGCAGCUCGCUUUCCCUCCGGAAUGAACAGCCUGACGGACAGGAUACACGCCCUUGGACUCGACGCUGGUAUCUACAGCGAUUCUGGUUGGUUCACUUGUCAGCUAUACCCCGGCUCCUAUCAAAACGAGUACCGUGACGCGAAGCUGUUCCAAGACUGGGGUUUCGACUACCUCAAGUAUGAUAAUUGCGCGAUACCGUACGACGACGUAAUCCGCCAGGGGAUCGUCGGUAAAUACCAGCGCAUUGCCGACGCCAUCGCUCAGUUAGCCUCGGACACGGGAAAAUCGCCGCUCUUUCUUUCCCUCUGUGAAUGGGGCGAGGAGCAACCCUGGUUGUGGGCGCGGCGAUACGGCCAAAGCUGGCGUACGACCGGUGAUAUCAGCCCAAACUGGGGUUCCGUGACGGAUAUAAUCAACAGGAACUCUUUCAUCGCUUGGGCAUCGGAUUUCUAUGGUCACAACGACAUGGACAUUCUUGAAGUAGGCAACGGGGAUCUCACAUAUGAAGAGGCUAGGACCCACUUCACCGUCUGGGCCCUCAUGAAGUCUCCUCUCCUCAUCAGUGCGGAUCUUUCGUCGAUCAGCGAGGCGGAUCUCUCUAUUCUGGCGAAUGAGGAGAUCCUUGCAAUCAAUCAAGACGAUGUCAUCGGCACGAGCAUCACACCGUUCCGAUGGGGAAUAAACUCUGAUUGGGUGAGCAAUUCAACCCAUCCAGCACAAUAUUGGAGUGGCGAAUCUCAGAACGGCACGGUGUUCAUGCUGAUCAAUACACUGGACGAGCCAGCUGACAUGUUCUUCAACCUGACUGAGUCUCCAUGGGUUCGCGCUGGCCGCCAAUAUCACGUUCGGGAUCUCUGGGCGCACACGGACAACGGGACGGCUGUGCGCAAUUUCACCGCCGAAGCUGUCCCAGGACACGGUGUUGUCGCUCUUCUAUUGCAGGACGCUGGAGAUGAACCGGAUAACGCGGGGCCCCCAUGUGCUCGGCCCCAUUGGUGUAUCCAUAAGAAUGGGACGUUGGCGCCUGUCACGUCCAAUACAAGCCUGCAUACGAGCUCAAUUGGGUUGCUCUGAUGCAAGAGAACCUCUGAAUGAUGCGC